AUGAGUGUCUUCGCAUUUGGGGAUUUGCCCACUAUCCAAACUCGGAAGGCUUUGCUACUACUUGACUUUCAAAAUGACUUUGUCCGUCCGUCCGGAGCUUUAUAUAUCCCCAAUACACCGGACAUCCUCGAAACCCUUCCACAGCUGGCGUCUGCAUUCCGUCGGGCUGGUGAUGUAGUUUGGGUGCGUUCACAAUAUGAAUCCCCUCAGGUCAUCUCUGACUGGAACUUUGGUGAUCGUAUUGUCCUGGACAGAGAGCCACCGCGCAGAAAGGAGAUGCCCACCUCGGAUAUAAUUGAAGCCGGGUCGGACCAUGAUUCACCAGAACCUGUCGACCCAGAAGCCUUUCUCUCCGGGUCUUCGCCAUGCCCUGACCCGCAUACCCCGGAUAUCAAUUCCCCGCACCAAUUCUGGCCGCCAUCAAUGCCCAGCAUGACACCGUGGACACGUUUUGUGACCGAGUUGUACCUCUGUGGCUCGUUGUCCAAUGUCUCUGUGUUUGCGACCGCUUUGGAUGCUGUCCGCAACGGGUUUUCCGUGACACUUGUGGAGGAUUGCCUAGGUUUCCGCGAUUUUCAGCGGCAUCAAGAAGCAAUGCGGCGUAUGGCGGAUAUAUUGGGGGCGGCUGGUAUCACCGCUCAGGAGCUAAUCCAGGAGCUAGAUUGGGAUGAGACUGAGGCAAUUGCCCGCCAAGGUGCACCGCAGCCUAAGAGGUCAGCAGCUACAGCUGGCCUCGAGAGCGUCAUGGACGGUCUGGAAUUCUGGAAUACCGCGGACAACUCUCCCACGGAGGACUCGCGUGACCUAAAGGAUCCGAGCGUUUUGGAACUCGCUAGUCUCUCUCGUGCACAGCGCGCUACUGCUGCGCAGGCACGGGGUCCAGUGGAAGACCAAAAGAAGGUGCGCGCGCGCGUCCGCCGUCCGAAGCGCCGAGACGCCCCAAAAGAACCUUCACAAUCCGCGGAAAUACCAAAUGCAUCCCAAGUCAACAUCGGGGAGGGCGAUUCGCGCCUUGUGAACAAUGUCAACUUGGCUGCAGACUCCUUUGAGCGCAUACAGGCCGAGGUAGAUUGGCAGAAGAUGUACCAUCUGUCGGGCCAGGUUCCCCGAUUGGUUGCAGUUCAGGGCCAACCUCGACCCGAUGGAGCAAUCCCCAUAUAUCGUCAUCCGGCAGACGAGUCUCCACCCUUCAAGCCAUUUACCCCCGCGGUUGAUGAAGUGCGAAUGGCUGAUCGCAUAUCAGAGCAUUCAGAUAAGACGCUGGAUAUUGUGCGAGGAUCUUUCAUUUGCAAUGUUAGUUUAGGUGCCGAGCGCAUGAUGGUCCUCCGUACCAAGGCCUCGGCAUCUGAUCCCGAGGAAGGGAUUGAACCAUGUCGGACGACGCAGCGCGUGCCUCUUCCUCACAAGUCACUUUUUGUGCUGGGCCCAAAGACGAACAUGCGAUGGCUUCAUGGCAUCCGGGCCGACAAACGACCUAACGCGACCAAAUCUGCUGAGGAGCAAGCUUACGGCGGCCAGCGCAUUUCCCUUACGUUCCGUCACAUUGGCACCUUCAUCGACCCUGUGGCAAACACAAUUUGGGGACAAGGGGCUGUCAGUAAGACAUUGGACCAGGCCCGUGCUGUGGUUCAUGGGGAUCCUGCUGAAACAGCACGCCUCAUUGGUGCUUUUGGCCAGGAAAAUCGUGCCACCGAAUUCGAUUGGGAUGCCGUGUACGGUGGGGGCUUCGACGUGGUCAAUUUUGUGACUACUUCAACAGGGCAGCUAGUGCUUGGCUGCGAUCUUGUGGCCAACUUGCGUGUGCGUCUCUGUCUGGGUGAAAACGGCAUCCGGUAUCGAUUGGUCACCGACCAUGAGAAACUGGGAGCUAGUGACAGUCCAAAGACACUACCAGUAUACGAAACGCCCGAUGGAGCAACAAUCGCAGGCGAUUCCGUUAUCCUAACGCACAUGGCUAACCGAUCUGCUGAGACCUUACGGCCAGCGAUUGACCGGUUUUUGGCACACUGGCGUCAGCACUGUGCCACCGAUUCAGGUAGUGUGUUUGAAUAUGGGAUGGAGGAUUGGGAGAGUAUUCUGCAGGGCCAACAUUACCUAGGAGGCUCCGUGUUCACCAUCGACGAUUGCUCUCUAUGGCCAGUUCUGCGGGAGAUUGUACAGACCCAGGGUGCAUUUGAUGCUCGGUUCGUGAACGUGAAUCAAUAUUAUCAGCGAGUCGAGAAUUGGGGCAUCGUUCGGUCUAUUCUGGAGGAAUGA